AUGAAUAUGACAGUUAAGCUAAUAAGAAAAUCAAAAAAAUACAAUCUAUGCAAUAAAACUGAUAAGGAUUAAAGUAAUAAUGACUAAAGAAGAAAUUAAUAGUAAGCCAAUUGUUCACAUAAACCAAAUUCAAAUUGUGAAAACUAAAUGAAUGAUGUCAACUCAUCCCUCAUGAGUAGUUAAGACCAUAGUUGUAUGAUUUUUUGACAUAUUAAGCAGUUGGUGAUAUAACUGAAAAUUUAGAUGGCGUUUAUUCGCAUAAAUUGAAGAUUAAAAAUGAUUAAUGGUUAACCAAAGCUUCUAAAGAAUCAAGAAAUAAAUUAAUACGCUAUACAGUGAAGAGAGAAAAGGAUUUAAAAAGAAAAAAAUAAAAAAACAGGGCAAAAGAAUUUUCAUUAGAAGAAGAUCAAAGAUUAUUAAACUAUGUAUUAAAGAGGGGACCUAAAUUUCACAAGUUUUCUAGAUAUUUUCCAGGAAAGACUACAAAUAUGUUAAAGAAUAGAUAUUAUAAAUCACUAAGAUUUAUUUGGGAUCAAGUUCUUGGAAAGUAAUUUAUUUAUUUAUCAUUUUUAGUGAAUAUUAAAAUUUGAAUGAAGCAUCAGAAGAGCUUAUACCUUAGAUAAAUCAAGAAUCCUACAUGCCGAUGUUUGAUGAAUUAAUCUAACUGAAACUUUUUCCUGAAGCUGAAGACUUAUUGUCUAAUUUUAUUGGAACUUUGUCUUAAACAUUCAGCGAAAUUUAAGCUAGUUUUAUAGAGGACUACAAUUGA